AUGGCUAUUUCAAGGUUGAUCCUGCUGUCUCUUCUGCUGACUGCUCUACUACUUGAAACUGCUACUUGCAAGAAACAGCACUGCAGCCAAUGCUGCUCUAUUGUGGAGAAUUUUCCUGCCAGGCUCAGGCUGCUCAGGGAAUCCUUUAGCAAGAUAAGGAACUACUAUGAAUCCAAAGAUGACAUUGAGACUGCACUGCUUGAUGAAGCUGUUCUAAAUGAUUUUCAAACUCCUUUCGGAUGCCACGCAAUGAACGAAGUUCUACGAUUUUAUUUGGACACAGUUCUACCAACUGCUAAGAAUGAAGACGUCAGCGAAGAAUACAGAGCCCUGCAGCCGAGUCUGAUGGACUGGUUUAGCCUCGGCGGAGAGGACGGCAAACACACAUAG